CGAGCUGGGUGCUCCAGCACUACUACGCGUACAUAACGGCGCAUGUAAGCCUGCUGCAUCAGUCAAGUGAUAGUGCAAUAGCACCUUAGUUGCGGUUCAACUGGCGUACGGACGUGUAGAGUAACGCGGAAAACUUUGUGGAAAGCGUGAAUUAAAACAAAAUAGCGGAAGUGUGCAGUCGGAAAGUGUUAUAUACUACUACACAUACAUAUAUACAUAUAUAAACAAUACUUGUAGUACAGAACAUAAACCACAUUGCCAAAUCAGCAUUCCACAAACAACACAGCAUAAAAAAACUUGAUAAUCCACGAGCCCAAACUCAAUCCGCCCCAUUGCACCCGCACCGGACACUGUGCUGUGGCUUGGAGUAGAGCAAAAUGAGCUGGUUGGCUUUGAUCAUUUCUAUUUCGGCGACAAUUAAUAUUGCGCUCGCCUGCAGUCGCAUACCGCCCGGUACAACGUCACCGAAGUCGCCAGUGGACGAGAGUUUUAUGGUGUCAUUAGCCGGAAAUCCGCAAACUUACAUACCGGGCCAGAAAUACAAUGUAUCGCUUGCCGCCUACAAUGAUCUGUCUUUCAUCAGUUUCAUAUUAGCAUUGGAGAGCGCAAAUGCCAGUGACAGUCAGGCGGACUUUGGUACGGUUGGUUAUUUCGAGAUAACCGAUUUGACAGAGACACGUUUCAGUCCGCGUUGUCCGAAUUUGGUGGAGAACACGAAUACUAAUGUGAAGACACGUAUAGAGGUGACUUGGGUUGCACCUGCCACUACGGGAAACGGUUGUGUGCUCAUCAAGGCCACGGUGACGCAACAUCGUGAUGUGUGGUUUAUGGAUGAUGGUUUCCUGACGAAACGCAUUUGUGAAGAGGAAGUCGAUGACGUAGACACGCAGCCAAGUAUUGUAGAUCCCUGCUGUGCUUGUGAUGAGGCGAAGUAUGAGCUCACUUUCGAGGGGAAGUGGUCUCGACAUACGCAUCCAAAGGAUUUCCCUGCAAAUAGUUGGCGUACCAGAUUUAGCGACAUCAUUGGUGCUUCACAUACCAUUGAUUAUCGCUUCUGGAGCUAUGGUGAGUUGGCGAGUGAAGGACUGCGUGAAGUAGCCGAGCAUGGUUCGACGAGAACCUUAGAAAGUGAGCUGAAAGAUCAGAGUGAUCAGAUAAGAACAAUAAUCAAAGCACGUGGUAUUGCCUACCCCAAUGUGACUGGCAAAACCUUCGCUGUAUUCCGCGUAGACUCAAAGCAUCAUCUAAUUUCGCUGGUGUCCAUGAUUGAUCCCUCACCGGAUUGGAUUAUUGGCAUUUCCGGGCUGGAGCUUUGUCUUCCCAACUGCACAUGGGUUGAGAGUAAAGUACACAAUCUUUAUCCCUGGGAUGCGGGCACGGAUAGUGGGCCCUCUUAUAUGUCCGCUGAUCAGCCACAAGUGCCGCCAGAUGUUAUUAGACGCAUAAAAUCAAAUUUUCCCAAUGAUCCACGUUCGCCAUUUUACGAUCCCAGUGGCGCGCCCAUGAAACCACUCGCCACUUUGCAUAUAAAUCGUCGGCGGUUGUAUGAGAAGACGUGCGUAAAGCCAGAAGAAGAUGAGUCCGAAGAGUGUGCUACCUAUCCAUGGAGUCGCUGGAGCGAGUGCAAUGCCAAAUGCGGACCCGGCACGCAGCAACGUAGUCGCGAGUACAAGCAACCCGGUGUGGCGCGACGUUCCAAGUGCCGCAGUGCCUUGCGUGAAGAACAGCCAUGCAACGGCCGCAGAUGUGGUGGUGGUGGCAAUGCAAAUGAAGACAACAUGGAGGAAGGCGAAAGCCCAAGUGACAUACAAACUGGUCCAUAUGAAAAUCCAGAGUGCGCAAUCUCUGACUGGAGCGAGUGGUCUUCAUGUUCGGCAACAUGUGGAGCCGGUGUAAUCGUACGUACGCGUCAUUACCUCAAUCCCAGAGCGAAAAAGAAGUGUCAGAAAGUAAGCAGAGUACGUUUACAGGAGACGCAACCCUGUGAGGGCCCGGAGUGUGGUGGCGAUCUAGCUAACGGCGGUGGUGAGGGUGAAGCUGGCGCUGACGACAAUGAAGCACCUGGCGAAGAGGACAACGCUGUAGGCAAUGAAUUGGAUGAUGGUACAAGUUCAUUCUAUGGCGACAACAAUAAUGGUUUCCGUAAAUUCAAGAGUUACAGCCAAAAACGCGAAGACUAUAUACCGCCUGAAUGUGGCGUCUCGCCAUGGUCCGACUUUUCGCCAUGCAUAGGACCAUGCGGCGCCAACGGUUAUCGACAGAGACAACGUAAGCUCUGGAACAACGACGAAGUUUAUGGCGUGGUAAAUCCCAAAUCGAAUGGUAGCGAUCCCUGUCGUCAUGUUAAACGUGAGGAGAUCGUAAAUUGCACAAAUCCAGCUUGCGAUACGAUUGUACCGCACUUUUGCUACGCCAGUCUCAAGCCGAGCCCGUGUCGCGAUGGCGAUGUAACGAAUUAUUGGUACUACGAUUUUCCCACCGAUCAAUGCGCCAUCUUUUGGGCAGACAAGUGUGAUAAGAACCUUAACAAAUUUCCCUCGAAAGAGGAGUGCGAGGAAACUUGUCGCCGGCCACGCCAAAAAUUGGAUUUACAAAGUGAAAGUCUACGUUUGGAACGACAACCGGUCGAUUGCAUUGUAUCCGAUUGGGAUUUACAUCCGUGCAAUGUCACCUGCGGCGAUGGUAUGCUAAUAAAGACACGGCGUGUGCUUCGACGCGCCAAAUACGGCGGUAAGCCGUGUCCCUUACAUUUGGUGCGGCUGGAGAAGUGUUAUCAAAGCUGUGACGAUGUAUACACCAUCAGUGGUGGUACGAAUAGUGUGAGCUAUGGCGGUGGCACUGGUGAUGGAAGUGACUUUGAUAUCAUCAAUCGUCAUCAUGGAAGUUUCGUCAGGGCAAGACAGGUGCCGAAGAAGGACGACUGUCGCUACUCAGAGUGGUCGGUGUGGACGCCCUGUACUGCUAGUUGUGGCGACAAUUCAAUGCGUCAAAAGACAAGAACUCUGCUCAACACUGAGCUCAGCUACAAGUGCAAGGAUCGCGUGCGUGUGGAGAAAUGUACUGUAAUGCCGUGUCUUUUAGAGAACAACGAUCAGGAUAGUCAGUGGUGAUGAUGACUAGCCACAGUUUUGUUUUUUUUUUUUUAAUCGCAUGACAUUUUUCUAACACAUACAUAUGUAUGUAUGUAAUUUCAAAGUAGUGCAUUUACCCAAAAAUGGGUUUAAACUUAUAUGUAACCAUUAGUUAGGCUAUAUAAUAUAUAAUCAUUUUUGGCUAAGCUAUUUCUUUGUAUUAAAACUAUUUGGUAUGUAAAUUUAUAUAACAAAAUACUCAAUUCACAUAGAAAACCACACAAAUUAAAUAACUAUCUCACCCGUUAAUCGGUUACUUUGAAACUAGACUUGUUAUUUCACUAAAUCCUUCAAAUUUUGUUUCCGACUUGAACUUGGCUGCGGAUUUCUAUUUGACAGUAUUGAGGAAAGCAGUCGCACUAUGUACUUUGUUGUUUCUCUUGGAGAACGCUUAUGCUCUCGGCGGCUUGUAAGACUUAGUGUACACAGGGCGGCCUUUGUACCACAAACUCUUAUGCUGCAACUACCCAACUAACGUACCAGCUGUCCAUAGCAACCU